AUGUCAACAAUCGGCACAACAGCAAUACAAACAACUACAGCACCAAACUCGUUAGUCAUGAAUCCAACAUCUAUGUUAGUAGAGAUGAAAAGCUUCAUUCCUUCUUCAUAUACUUUCGAAACAAAAAUCCAGAAGAUAAAGCAAGAACUUUUAACAAGUAAUUUAGACUGUAGUGCGAAAGAUGAAACAAUGAACAGUAAUCUUUAUGAAAUGGAGGACAUUAUUGACCAUUUGCCUAAACUACCUGAAAUUCAGCAACAAAAACUCACUAUUCCUGAAUUCGAUGAAAUAGAAGUCAAAGCAACUGACUCAGUAGAAAUAAAGAAGUUCAUACGAAAGGUAAACUAUGAGUUUCUAGGAUUUCAUUGCAACCAUAAGGUUAUGGACAAAGAUUGCGACAUGGUAUAUAAGAAUGUUUCUGACAUAUAUAAAUCUGAAGAAUUUAAGACCUACGACAACCUUGUUUCGUUAGUUGCUGAAUGUGUAUGGCAGAUAAGAGAUGAAGAUAGAAGAGGUAAAGUAUGGAACAAACAAAUAAGACCCGCUAUGUUUGAGUUAAAGAAAACCAUUGACGCUUUAGUUGUUUUAGCAGGUAAGGUUUCAGAAUAUAACGCAAAAAUGAACCCGCAAU